GCCAGGAAACCCUGCAGCACAAGAUCCUCCCAGGAGUAGCUGGGAGCCUGGCUCAGCGGGGGGAGGGCCCUCUUGCAAGGGAGCUGGUUUUAUAACAAACCCACCCGUUUUAUGCUGCAGCUGAUCAAGAAACAGCUGGUGAGUUCCAUCAAGGGGCUGCAGAAACAGUACGCCACCUCCGACGCCCUGGUCACCAGUGAGGACGACCACGCCAACGCCCUGUGCUGUGCACUGGAGGCUGUGUUUGUGCACGGGCUGAAGGCGAAGUACAUCAAACCGGAGGCUGGAGGAAAAGGGAAAAAGCUAGGGGGCCGUACCCCUCUUCCCCAGCCUGUCUUCUGGGGCCUGCUGAAAGUCAUCACCCACAGAAAUAUCAUUUCCGAGCUGGAGCAUCUGAGUUUUAUCAGCACUGACGUGGGGCGCUGCCGGGCCUGGCUGAGGCUGGCGUUGAAUGAUGGCCUCAUGGAGUGUUAUUUGAAGUUACUGCUCCAGGAGACAUCCAGGCUGCCCGAGUACUAUCAGACAUCAGCCCUGCUGCUGGAUGUGGAGGAAUGCGAAUUUCUGCUGAGCUUUUUGCAGGGGUUAGCUUCCCUCACCUUCGAACUGUCCUACAAAUCCGCCGUUUUAAACGAGUGGACGGUCACUCCCUUGGCCCUGUCGGGGCUGUGUCCUGUUUCGGAGCUGCUGGAGCCUCUGACGCCCUUCAGCUCGGAACUCCAGAGGAAGGAGUCGCUGGGUUCGGUCUCGCACUCGUCCGGCUCCGAUGACAGUGACGUUCGACCCAGCGUAUUGCUCAUCGGUAAAAACGAGGACAGAAGUAACCUCACCUGCUCCACGCUCAGCCUGAACACGACGAGCUGCUCCCAGCCAUCCUCCAGCCCAGGCUCCGGCAGCCUCCUGCAGGCCAACUGCACUAGGAGUCCGGGGAGGGACGAGGUGCUGCUGUCGAGCGACUCCGACGUAGGGCCGGCCGGCACCGAAGAGGAGGACAGGUCUCUGCAGGAGGUAUUGUCUGAAUUCAGCAAAGCUCAGCAAGUCCGUGAACCUUCUGAAGAAGAGCUCGGUCCUAGCCUAUUGGCAUUGGCGCCCGGGCAGCUGGCAUCUCCUCCUGCCGUCCCCACACCCACUCCCCUGCCAUUGGGCGCGGCAGCAGAGAGCGCUCCAUGUGCUGCGCUGCCUCCUGAGACCGGCAACCCGCCGUGCCCCUGGGCCGACGAGCCAGCUACAGCCAGCAGGCUGCCCGCUCCGCCGUCCCAAGCGACAGGAAUCCAGGCGUCUCAGCCAGUCGCAGCCCACAAAGAUCCCUCCCGUCAGCUUUACGUUAUUGACCCAGAGGGUUACGAUGGACCCAGUCAGAUCAAUGGCCAUAAGGAAAGCCAGGAGGAUCACAGGCCAGUGACGGAGUUCUUGCUUUCACCAGCAGCAGCGUGUCCGAAAAGAAGGGACUGGAUCUCAGAGGACGACUUCUCCAGGCCGUCUCCGGAAGGGAGCAGCAAAGGCCUUACGGGUUCCUCUGGGUCCUCCCCUGAGGGGGUGCAGGAAGGCCGGUCCGCAGAGCCGAGCAGCGCACUCCGUCUGGAGGAGGCUUCAAGGAUCGGAAGGCCCCAGGCCGCCCCUGAGCAGGAACAAAAGGGCUUCCAUGUUGUGCAUCGCAGGCAGAUCGGUCUCUCCAAUCCCUUCCGAGGCCUCCUGAAGCUGGGCACUUUGGAGCGCCGGGGAGCCAUGGGCCUGUGGAAGGAGCUCUGCUGUGAGCUGUCGCCUCUGGAGUUGCGCCUCUUCCUGGACCACGAGGAGCGGGUUUGCCUGGAGAACCUCUCGCUGCUGCGCUGCGAGUCGCUGGGGCGGGUGUGCAGCGACGGCCGCUUCGAGCUGGUGUUCUCGGGGAAGAGGCUGUGCUUGCGGGCCCCUUCCCGGGACGAGGCUGAGGACUGGCUGGACAGGAUACACGAGGCGCUCCGCAAGUGCCGGCCCCAGCAGGAGGAGGAAUGGGAGACGCUUGACUGUCCGGAAGGCGCCCUGGAGGGGCUCGCGGUUGGAGCGCUGCCUGGCGAGUCAGCGGCGUUGCCCCCGGCCAGCAGCGCUGCUGGAAGCGCCUGUGUCUGGACGUCUGCUCUUGCACCAGAACUCGACGCCGUGAAAGAAACGGUGCUGUACAUGGAUGUCGACAGGGCUUGGGCUCCGUUCAUUUUUUCCUUGUCGUUGGACGCUUUAAAAUGCUUUAAAGUGAGAAACCACGAAAAAAUCCUGAGCAACAGCUACGGGAUAGAGACGAUCCAGGACAUCCUGCCCGACACGAGUCUGGGCCGCAAGCCCGCCCCGAGCGUGGGGCCCCCGAGCGCCGCCGCCGCCGCGGCGUGGAGGGGGCUCGUCCGCCGGGUGCUGACCUCGUAUCUAGAAACGGCCGAGGAGGCGCUGACGCUCGGGGGCCAUUUGGACGGGAAUUCGCAGGCCAUCUUGAAAACCACCGUAAAGGAAAAUGGCUUUUUGCUGCAGUACCUGGUGGCCAUCCCCGUGGAGAAAGGCCUGGGCUCCCAGAGCUUCAUCUGCGCAGCCCCAGUGACUCUGCUGCCCCGUCUAAUUGGAGAUGUUCUCCGCAAAGUGCUUCCGUCCACAGCCCAGCUCCCAGGCUGUUCCCGCCAGAUCGGACUCAGUUUUGUGAAACCCAAACUUUGUGCCUUCUCUGGACUCUAUUACUGCGACGGUUGCCACCAGGACGACGAGUCUGUGAUUCCCUCGCGCCUCAUCCACAACUGGGACUUGACAAAAAGAGCAAUUUGUCGACAAGCGUUAAAAUUCCUGAAUCAGAUCCGCGAUCAACCCUUAAUCAACCUGAAGCUGGUGAACGAGAGCCUGUACGGCCACGCGGAGCAGAUGAGUCGAAUCCGCAGAAGCCGCGAGCAGCUGAAACUGCUGGGCGAUUACCUCCUCGUGUGUCGCAGCGGGGCCCUGAAGGAGCUCAGCAAAAGACUUGACCAUCGGAACUAUCUCUUGGACUCGCCCCAUAAAUACAGCGUGACUGACCUGCGACAGGUGAGAGCUCUGCUGUGGGCGGGGGUCCUCUGUGGGCUGUGUCAGGAUGCAGUUUAGUUACAGGCAUUUUUAGUAAUAGGGUUGCCAGAUGGUUUAACCAAAAAGACCGAACCCGCCCCCCCAACCAUCAAAAAAAAACCCACCAAGGGGGGAAAAAAGAAAAGGACCCCAAGAGUUAAGAAAAAAAAUGUAAACAGCGUGGCCCCUUUAAGAAAUGCUUUUGAGGCUUUCUGGCCUUAACAAGCUGCUGGUGGCCGCCCGCCAUCUUGUCUCCCUGCACCGGGCCAGACACCUCCCCUGUGGAACCAGGGAAGCCCCCGGGAUUUUCGCCUGCUGGCUGGGAAAUAUCCGAAAGUGCCAGCCAGGCAUGUC